CUCCCCUCGCCCAAACAAUGGCGACAACUCGUUCUCCAGAAACCAACUUUAAUACAGUUACCUCCUGGCUCCCACUCACCACUACCUUCCCCUAUCAAUCAGGCUGUUCCUCUGCAAUCUGGGCACGUUUGGGCUUCAUCCAGUCGGCCACGUCCGAUGCUGUAGCCUUCGAUCCUGGCUAUGGAAUUACCGUCGAUCCAGCACUGAUGUGCAUGCCGUCGCAAGUCACUCUGUGGUGGGAAACGGAGACUGCGCCUGUACUCAAUGGACUUACGACGCGGUACAGUGUUGGGCCGAUUGUGUGUCCGGGGGCCUUUACCACCGCGGGCACGAGUAUAGUGAAUGAGCAGAGCACGCAGGUCGCGUGUUGUCCGUCUGGAUAUAAAUUCCGACAAAUGCAGGAAGCUGGCAUUGUUGGCGAAUGCGCGUCUUCUGUUUCCAAGGGCUUUGUCGUCACAUAUGUAAUGGAGAAGGUGCCGGGCAGUAUCAAUGAAGGGUUAACAACAACAUCUACAACUAUGGGAAAUGACUAUUAUGUUUUGGGAGUUCCUGUUAAUGGAUUUAAUUUCGCUGGACCAACAUCUGUCUCCUCAUCCGCGUCUUCGAUUUCAGGUCCUUCAGUUACAGCGACUUCAACCGGUAUAUCCUCACCUUCGCCAACGAGAAGCUCAGCAGCGGGUAAUGGCGGUCUAUCGACGGGUGCAAAAGCUGGGAUUGGAGCCGGCGCUGCUGUUGCAGGUAUCGCCUUUAUCAUGUUCGCAUUUCUAUUAUUCAAGUAUCUAAGAAAACGACAACGAGCAGAAGGGAAUAACAACGGGGGUGAGAAGGGGCCAGGAGAUCUAAUGCAUGAGUUGCAUGAUAUAAAUCGACCACACGAGAUGGGGAGCUCUGGUGCUAGACCGCCUGAACUUGCUGGAUAGCUUGGACUUGGAUGCUUUCAGGCCGUUCUUUUGCAUGGUGCCCUUUUGCCCAGCCUCUUUCCCAUAUCAGAAUAAUAUUUGUGUAAUACCCAGACCGUCUUCCUCCCUGGAAUAAUGUUCAGGCAUGGAUGGCUCGGCAGGAUACGCAGGCCUGGGAUGAAGUACGUGGCAUGAUAGACAAUGAGUAUGCGACUCGUG